AAGCUAGAGAAGAAGACAAGGUAGCCAAUCCACCAACGCUGGGGGCGAGUUCGUGUUUUUAAAAGUUUGAGUUGACAAUAGAUUAGUUUUCUUAUUUUAACGGCAAAGCAAUUAACACCUAGCUAAUACUCAACCAAAUUGUUCAUAUUGUAACUUUUAAAAGACUUCAACGACGUUACAUCUCAGCCACCUGUUUAUGGUCGGAGUGCUAACAUGCUACCAGCUCUUUGAUCGAAAUGUAUCGUUUAUUAAUAAGGUGUUCAAUUACCAACACUAUGGACUCCCGUUUUAAAUUUAAAAGUAGUUGGAGACCCUAACCACUUACCAUGGUAAAAGUUGUUAAUUUAGCUUGUGUAGUUCGUCUGUGAAGAUGAUUGAAGAGACUGGAUGGACAAGUGAUGGAGUUAAAGGCGCAUGAGACAACAAAUGGUUCAAGCUGUCCAUGAGAUGGAGUCUUUUUCUACAAGGCGAAAAAUGGUUCACGCACGCCAAGAAAAUGCCCAUCUGGCCAUGCAGGAUGUUCAACUCAUGAGUGAGCUGGAUUCUACUCCUUAUGAAUUUCUAUCCGCCAGUUCUCAGGAUCACCUGCGAUGCUCCAUGGUAGGAUCUGCCAACAGUAUAUCAGUUUUGAAUGAACAGAUAUGUCACCUUCAAGCUGAGGUGGAGACAAAAACUACAGAAUUAAAGGCAGCAAAGCUGAGGGCCGAGCGUUGCCAGGAGGAAGCGGCUGAAAGUGAGAUCAUGAUCACAACUUUGACUGAGGAACUAAGCGAUCUCCGAGAGGAGCUGGCCAUUAAGACCAGCGUGAGCAAAAGGGCAGAACAACAAAGAAACCAAGCUUUGGAGAAUGCCGAAAAACUCAAAGAAGCUUUCAAGGAGUACAAGGCCAACGUUGCUAUUAAAUUUCAAAAGGUGAUGGAGAAUGAGGUCAAAUUAAAAGAAAGUCUGACUGAUUGUAAUCGAGAAAAAGAAGAGUUGCAACUAAAGUGUGCUGACCUGGAGCGAGAGAAGGCUGAUAAGAGUUAUACAAUCAGCCAAUUAAAGGAGGAAGUAAGGCAGAGUAAGAUCACUGCUGCUGAGCAUUUGGACCUUCGAGCCCAGCUUGAUGAUGCCGGGCGUCGGAGCGCAGACCUCCGCAGGCAGCUGACAGAGCGUAGCGAUGAAAGCAGGCAACUGGUUUCACUGCGCCAACAACUGGAAGAUUUGCGAACCCUGACCAAGAACCAGGAGCUGAGCCUCGACCACAGCCGCAAAAUAGCUCUGCAAAGCCAAACAGAGACCGCUAGCCUUGAGGGAAUAUUAGCACUGCUGCAUCUCAGAGAGGAUGCAGUUGGACAAUUGUGUGCCAAGCCUUGCAUGCUGCCUCCGGUGGAUUAUUCAAGAACUGCACAUAUAAUUCAACUUAAACCCGGUGAAGGUUAUCAGCAUCUCUUACAAGUUCUUCAAGUGAAGGAGGCCGAAGUGACAAAACAGAGCCGCCUAGUCGAGAAACUCCAGGACCGCGUGAGCCGAGGCCAAGAAGAGAUUCUGUCCCUGCGUGCCUCCUUGUCCCAAAAAGCUUCCAACUACCAGAACCUCCAAACGGAGCUGAUGGACAAGGCCAACCACGUCACAGCCUCGGAGAAAGAACUAAAAAGGAAGAGCGCUCGAGUGGCUGCGCUGGAAAAACAGUUACAGGAGAAAACUUCAGCCUACAGUCAGGCUGCAUUGAAGAAUACAGAGCUGGAAAAGCAGCUACAGGAGAAGAACAUCACUCUUCAGCACUACCAAACACUGAUGAAUAAAAAGCAAAGAGAGUACCAGCAAUCAUUGGAGAAGACAAAACAAUCACAGAGUCAGCAAUGCACUGAGCAAAUGCACCGACUAGACGUGCUGCAGUCGUCUUUGGAGGAGGCUCAUUCUCGAGUGUUAGAAAUGGAGAAAGAGCUGAGCUCUCUCCAGAGAGAAAGAGACGAAGCUCAGGCUGCCUGUUUGAAGCUUCGGACCUCGGUUGAACAACUCACACAGGAGAAACAAAUUGAAGCGAGACACCAUGAGGAAUUGCUCCAGAGUUUAAAAGAGCAAGCCGCUGAGGCUGCCACCAAGGAGCAUGAGCACCAGUCGACUCUCUCCGCCUGCCGAGAGGAGCUGACUUGGCAUCUUCAGCAGAUGGAGGAGAUGAAGAAGAGCUAUGAGUCUGAGCUACAGAGAUUCAAAGACAAGGUGUGUUCCCUGCAGGAAACGCUAAACGGUGUCACUCGCGUGGCUCAGAGCUCCAGUGAGCAAAACCUACAGCUUCAGCUUUCACUACAACAGCAGCAGACGAUGCUGAUUGAGGGCACAGCCCGCAUCGCUGAACUAGAGGAGAACCAAAGUCAACUGCAAAAACAAGUGUCUAAUCUGGAGCUUCAGCUCGAGCGAUCUCGGACGUCUCUGCUGGGUGAGGCGAGGACCAAUGAGGAAAAAGACAAGAGCCUACGUGAUGUGAAUGACAAGAACAUCAAACUGUCUGCGAUGCUCAACCAAGCGACAACUGAUCUGAAAAAUUACCAAGUGGAACUCAUGUCGAAGGAGUCGGAGUUACAGAAUUUGCGGAAGGAUGUCAACAUCAAGACAUCUCAGAUCAGCAUCUUGGAUGAGAAUCUGCAGCAAACAAGGAGCAUGUUGGAAAGCAAAAAUGAUUUAGUAGUUGACCUCGAAGAGAAGCUCCACCGCUGCGAGGCAGACAAGCAUAACAGCGUCCAGAAGGUCCAACUCCUCGAGGAACAACUGCAGACGGUGCAGGAGGAGCUAGCCGAGACAUUAGCUCAACUCCGCUUGCUCAACGACGUCCUGCAGAGGACUCAAAGCAUCGCCGACGAACGACAAGUGGAGGUGGAAAAACUGAGCAUACGUCUUAGUGAGACCCAGCGGGAGUUGGAAGACAGGACUCAUGAGGUAUUAGACAUGGACAUUGCCCUGAAGGAAAGACAGGGAGAGCUCCAGCAGAGAGCAGCACUGCUGGGACAGCUGAACGUGGCCGUCCAAGAACACAAGCAGGACAUGGAGAAUAAGGUGAAGACCUUGGAGCAGAGUCUGGAAGCCAAAGAGGAAGAGCGAAGAAAAGCGCAAGAGGAGCUCUGCAAAACAAAGGACACCCAUCGACAAAGACUUGAGACAUUAUCACAGGAACUAGAAGAAGCUCGAUGUCACUGCAAAGCCCUCUCCAUGCAACUUGACGCCAUCAAACUCCAGGAGGAUGAACUGGGGGCAAAGCUGCACCGUGCAGAGGAGGAGCUGCUUCUGAAGGACACAUGCUGGCAGGAGUCAGAGGCCCGGUUGCGGAACGCAGUCACUUCUUUGGAGCUGGAGUUGAAGGUUGAACGAGAGCAACACAACAAGGAGCUGGAGUCUCUGCAGCAGAACCGAGGUCAGCUCCUCAAAGUGUCCUCAUACAUGUCAUCGACGCAAGAGAAGCUCACUUCCAAAGUCCAGCAGCAGGAGAUCCAGCUAGAGCAAACUAAGGUGGAGCUUGACCGUUCCAAGGCCCAAGCCAGUCAUCUCCAGAGUCAGAUGGAGCAGAGCCACAGCAGGCUCCUGCAGACUCAAACUCAUUUAGAGAAAGUGAAGGCUCUGAAUGAUGAGCUCCAAAUUCAGUUGAAAGAAGCCAAAGACCAACUUGCUGGGCUCCAUACUCCGCUCGGUUUUUCUCAGAGGUCCAUUGAGAACUUCAGUGAGUCUAUCAAGACAAAUCCAGAGACCAUCAUCUCUCCAGCUCACGACACUUCCCUCCCCUCGCCUGCAUCCGACACGGGCCUGGAGCGCCUGCUUCAGAGCUGUCGCGACGAUCUAUCCCUCGACCUCCCUCCAAGCCUCAAAGCCACGAUGAAGGAUGCGCUGAGUCAGCAGCCGCGGGACUCGUCCCCCUCGGAUGCGAUUGACCACAGCUGGCGGGGACUCGGCAGCACUGAGCCUCCAUCCAGCUGCGAGGUCUCCUUCGACCCUCUCACCUACAUGGCUGGCGAUGACAACUCCAGUGUGGAGCGUACCGUGAUCGAGGGGGGAGACGAUGAUCGGGUGAGCUCAUUAAAAGGACUGCUGCAGUUUGUUAAUCAGACUUUAGCCAAUCAGGAAGAUCUGUCCUCGUGGAGCUCCCUGGGGUCAUCGCAGAGUGGACGCGACCUCCAGGGAGGACCUCAAACGAACAAUGAAGGACCUCAAACGAACAAUGAAGGGGAUGAUCUGCACAAUCCAGCUCCAUACCAGGCAAUAAAAGCAAAAGUAAGAACAGAUUCGGACACAGAAUUAAUGCUUUCUAGUGCUUUUAUGUUUUUUUAAAAUAUAUUUAUUUAUUGGUGCUGCCACCUAUACAUUGGGAAUGCAUACUACAUUCGGGAAUGCAUACUACAUCAGCAAAUUGGAGGUUUCAUGUACUUUUGCACUUCUAUGUGCACUGUUUUCCCAUCACAUAAUGGUCGUGAAAAUGCGGAAUUAAAAUAAUUUCAAAAUGCCUCUUUAGCAUUAUUGCUUAAGAUGAUAUUUGUGUAAACUUGGCCUUAUUUAUUUUUAAUUUUCAAUUUAAUUUAGUGAUUUUUUUUUUUUUUUUUUUUUCUUAGCCACGCGAACACUUUUGAUUUUUUCAUUGUUAACAAAUCCUAAUUCUAAUACUCAUUUACACUUCCCCCUUACUAAAGUUGUUUUUUUUUUUAAAACAGAAAAUGUAACAGUGGCAGUCAGAUACCAUUUUAAUUCUUUUCAGGUCAUUCAUUGUCAGACAAGCAGCAUGGCACGACACAUCACGCUAAGAAAUAAGUUAAAAAUAUUAAAUAUCAAAAUGGCUUGCCUCUUUGUCCUCUGAAAGACCAUGCCAACCCAACAAAAUGUUUACUGCAUGAAUUUUUACUGCCGAGUUGGCGUUAAAAGUCCGCGCAACUUGAUUCAGUCUUCACAUUUUUUCCUCCGAGUUUUUGGUUUCGGGAAACGUAUGAAGAAAACAUCCUUCAUAUUUCGUAAUGUCUAGAGUCGUUUCUACAAGUUCCAAAAAAGCAAUGUGAGAUCGGCAUGUUUGUUUUUGAAAGAUUAGCGGAGAAAAGUAGCACAAUUAACAUGGUUUUUAUGCGAGGGCAGGUCUAUAAUGUCCCACUCCUCCUUUACUUCUGCUUUACGAAGCGGUGUCAAGGUCUAAGAAUAACAUGCGUGCGGUACGCCAUUGGAAGUCAAUCAUCAUCGGCAGUGAAAGAGUUAAAAUCCAACUCAAUUUAUGUCCAUUGAAUUCAUGGGAUAAUCAGUUGAAAAUUUACUCUGAAAAUAGUCAAGUUAUGGAAAAGUGGAAUGAGAAACGGGGAACAGUGUCGCCUCUGUGCUGCACCACCCUCAAUUAGUUGAGCGGUAGCGCUGCAUGAGAGGCCCCAUUCUUUCAACAAGUGUGUCAAAUACCUGAUGGAAUCUAAAUCAAAAUCAGCAGUGACAAAGACAAUAAGUCUUCUCACCGAACCUUGUGCAAGUCUGAAGAUUCAGUGCUGAACUGUCUUUAGUUUGUUUUCAUUUUGUGAAACUGACACAUGUACGUUUGC